AUAABAUUAGACAGAACAUUGGAAAACGAAAUUCAAUUCCUGGGCAUAGAAUUAGCUCUCCAAGAAGGCGCUUCUUUCGCUUUGAGAUUCCAUUACAAUAUGGCGAUUCUAGCACUAUCAUUGUUUGUCUUUAUGCUGAUUAUGAACACACUUCCUGGAACAGAUUCCGCCUGCCCAGUGUCCUUCGUUAAGAAGGGCUGCUAUAAGGAUGAAGAUUCGAACAGACGGCUACCCGACCUAUUGCUCAACGGGCGAGGYGACGUGAAUUGGGCAAACUGGAACACUUUUAUUCAAGGUUUCAUCUGUGAUUGUGCCAAUACAACCCUCAGUAAGGGAUACAAAUAUUUYGGCAUUCARUUCUAUGCCGAGUGCUGGGGUGGUGACGUCACUGAAGCCAUGAUGCAAAGCAUGGAAUCCAAUGAUAAGAGCCCGGAUGGAUGUGUUAAUACCGCGGGACUGGGUUCCUGUAGCAGUGAAUCUGAGAUGUGUGUUGGUAAAGAGUGGGCUAAUUAUGUCUAUGAGGUUGAAAUACCGACGACUAAACCCCCUGAAGACUGUAGCGACAAAAACGAAAACUGUCAACAGUGGAAAGAGUGGAAUCUUUGUGCUGAAAAAUAUCCAAAAGUACUUGAGCAGUGCCCAAAAUCCUGUAACCUUUGCACCAAAUAAUAAUUCUUAAAAAUCUAUGUAUAAAAUAGUCUCCUUUACGAAUACCUGCGCUAUCUUGAAAGGUAGCCGUGCCUUUACAUCAAAGAGAGAAAACCGUUUAGCGUGCAAUGAU